CUGCGUGUUUACACCCAUCCCUCUGCUGGCUGCCCCUCCCCUACCCCGUGCGGGCGGCACAUCUGCCCUGCCCUCCACAGAACUGGGUUCCAAGGGCUGUUCCAGACAACUGCCAACAUCACUGAGGGCCCCGUCCCAGUGGCCCUGGGCCCUGGCUCCAUUAACCUAAAUGUAGCUCCUUAGCGCUAACCUAGGAACCGCCGCUGCCUGCUGAGGGCCAUGCCCCUCGUGCCCUUGCCCCAGGCCCGGGUCCUUCAGCGUUGAACACUUCCUUGCUUUUUUCACAUGUUUUAUGGAAUUGUUCACCUGGUUUGAAAUAAUAAAAUGUAGAAAGAAAAAAUACCAAGUACUGCUCAGUACUCUUCUAUCCCAGGGACGGAGACCCAGACUAAGCUGUGCCGAGGUGAUAGUGACCUGAACCUGAAACCUCAAACCUCAUUUGUGGCAGGGCCCCAGGUGCUCUGCCCUCCAGGUCAUCCUCAGGCCCAGUACACAGCACCUCAGUGUUCCCACUCUGUAGUCAUUUCACCUACUGGCACCAGUACUCGCUCCCCUCUCCUCCCAGGCCCACCGUGGCCUUGGGUUUGAGGCACUCUUCAAGCUUUCCCUGUGCAGCAGGGCGGAUUUCUUCCGGAGCUGCACCUCUAAGGGAUUCUUCUAUAUUGGGAGCAAUAGAGGGGUCCAGUGAGUAGUGCAGAAGGAAGAUGUGACUUCUGACCUCCCAGGCCCAAGGCUCCGAGACCAUGAGUUGCAGAGUCCCUUGCACACCCUUCCUUCUCCCCACCUGAGGUGUUUGCCUAGACCCUUGCUCAGGGCUGGGCUUCUUGGGGUUGACUAAACAGAAAGGCCGGGUACAGUAGGGGCCUGAGGCAUGUUCAGAAAGGUCUCUGUCCCGCAGCUCCCCCUCCAAACCUGGGGGUGGGGCGGGAAGGGACAGGCAGGUAGCCAUGGGCUAGGGCCCUAAAAAUGCAGAAGCUUCUGUGAGGCUAUGGGAAGUGCGCGCACGUCGCUGGAGAAGACAAGGCAGAUGACAAGGCGGCGGGGGUAGGAGGGUGCCCGUUGGGUGAGCUCUGAGCGCCAGGCAAGGCGCCUGGACUUUGUUCCGCGCGCGGGGGCGCUGGACAGCAGGCAGCUGAGCCUAAGGGAAGGGCUCGACGGGGCGGGGCUCGGAGGCGAGCUCCUCCGCAGCCGCCAGGGGGCGCCGUAGUCCGUGCCGGGGCCCGCCGGGCUUGUCACGGAGGCUGACGUCAGCGGGUGCUGCGGAGGCCGCGGGGCACAAAGGCAGCUUUGUCGGGCCGCGGCGGCUCCGCGCCUGCGGCGGGACAAAGCGGCCUGGGCCGGGGUCGGCGCCGCGGAGGCGGGAAAGGCAGGGGGUGGGAGGGUGGGGCCGGGGACCCAGGACCCCGCCUCCGCACACCUGCCAGUCCCCGCACGGCCUCAGGGCCCAGAGUGCUGGCAAGAGAUGAGAGACUGCGGCCGGCGGAUCGGAAGGAGAUCAACGCUCCCCAGCCUCCGUUCCCGCCCCAGUUCCUCGGGCCUUUUCCUGCUACCGCUGCCUCCGAGGCUUAGGGCUGAGGGCCGGCUGGCAAGAACAGGAUCCCGCACCCAACCCAGGAUCCCUGCCUUCCUUCCAGGCCUGGACCUCGCUGUGCCCCAGAUACGCGGGCGGGGCGGGAGCUCCGGUGCGGUGAUCCCCGCCCAGCAGGAAGUCGCGCCGGAGAUGGUUCCUUCCUUCCCUCCUGAUGGGAACCCUGCACAGAGGGACCAUUGAGGGGCCGGCAUUGUCUGCCAGAUGCACCCAGUGCCUCUCACCCUGGGUGGGCCCUGCAGGAUUCUGGCCAGGAUCCCCUUGUACCCAGCUUGCCGUGGGUCUGGGUGGGGUCCUGGCAAGCAAAGGUUCCCUGGGUGCAGACAACUAGGCCCCCACCUGCCGCUGGCCUUCCUACCCCUGCUCUGAUUUGGAGGGCAUAAGGCUCCAUUGUCCCAGCACUGGCGGGGGCGGCCUUUCAAUUCCUCCUUGUCUUUGGCAGUUGGGAAAUUCCCAGCCAUGGGGGGCAGCUGGGGGAAGCCGGGGGGAGGGGAUGGCUCAUCCCAGGUGUCUUGCAUCCUAAGGGAGGGCCUCCCUGAGGUUGACUCCUGCGGAUCCCCUACUGCCUGGAGGUUUCCAGGGCUGAACCUUAGCCUCCCUCAUGCCUGGGACCAGCUGGGUCAGCAUAGCCAGAGAUUCAGUGCUCCCUGGCCCUGUAUACCCACCCCAGAGCACCCCAGCUUAAGAAGGUGCAUCUUUCUGGCUCCACUCGUGGGCAGCUGCAGCUAAGAGGCCUGGGACCCUUAGGCAGAGCUAGGGAAGGGCCCCAGGCUCCUGCUUCCAGACAUGGGUCCCAGUAUGAAGUAGGCUGUCUCCAGCCAGUGGAGACAUCCAUGAAGCUGAUGCAUCUCCCAGAGGGCCCACCCCACUCCAAAUAGUUGCUCAGACUACUGAUGUGUGGCAGCCUUGGUAUUUUUAACCCAUUUGCAGGGUGGGGAAACAGCUGGGGAAGAGAGAAAGAGACAAGCUCUGCGAGCCAGAAGACUUAGAAGGGAGGAUUGAGGGAGACUCUGUGGAGAGGAGCCAGGCUGGAAGCCAUUCCCCAGCUCAGGCCCAGGCCCCCCACAACACGUGGGUGGAGGCCAAGAUGCCAGGUGCAGAACGGGGAGGGGGCCCCGUUAGAUCUGGGACCUCUGAGGCUGCAGGGCCUACCAAGGCCUGGAAGAACACUUCACCACGUUCCUGGGCAGCCCCAUGGCUCCUGAUGUCAGGAAAACUUCCUACUCCCUACCCACCCAGAAUCCCUCAAAUCAUCCCUCCACAGCCCCCAUCCCAGACCCAGAGGGCCAAGCCAGCCACCAUGCUGGAGAACACAAGCCCUGACUCCAUCCACCUGACCUGUGGCCUAGCCAGCCAGAUCCUAGCUGCCCUGGGUGUCAGGGAGAGGGCAGGGACAGGACUGUAGGUUCUCUUGACUGAGUUCUGGGUUCAGGCUCACUCCCAAACAACUGAGCCCAAUCUUUGUGUCUGUUGCCCUAUAAGAGGUCCUGGAGGCCUGCAUCUCUUCCACGGGGCUAUGCAUUCCCCUAACCUCUCCUGGACACCCAGAGGGAAAGCCAGCCCCCAUCACACAUCCAAGGAGGGCGUCAAGCCAGCUGUGUUAUAUGUGCAGCUAUAGCUGUAUGACAGUGAGUUUGUCCAUACUCACCAGGCCACUCAGCUCCUUGGUUAAUAACAGCGGUGGGCACCAGUUUCCAAGCGGGCAGGGCUCAACACCAUGGAUCCCUUUCUCCUUCUUGUCUUGGUUUUUCCCUUGCAUGAGAUAAGCCACACAGGUGAUCUUAUUUAGGAGAAAAAUCAGUUUGAUAUCCCUUCUUAUUGAUUCUGCUUUCUGACUUCAUUGUGGGUAGAGGGCAUCAAGGCCUCUUGGUGGAGCUGGUGCAGGGUCAAGGAGGGACCCAAGGUGUCCCUUGUCCAUCAGUCUCCCAUCCCCUUCCUCCACAGGCUCAGCAGGCCCAGGAAGGUGGAAGGGCUUUCUGCAAACAUUCUAUCUCCUAUUUCCCUGGGUCUGUCCUCUGCUGGGUCCUGGGGCCCCCACUGAUGAUAGCCCCUGGGGAACCCGGAGCCCCACAGAGAGGCUUGAACCUGGGUGUUACAGGCAUCUGGGGCUUCACAAAGGAAAUGACACCAGAGAGUUGGAUACUGAGUGGUGAAGAAGAGUCCAGCAGGUGGCAAAGAGGAUGGCCUAAAAGCCCGGAGGGCACCGGCCAAGCAGAGUCCUGGCAAAGAAAGUACUGCUGCCUCCCAGAAGUUGGGUGGCCAGAGCACUGGCAGGGUUGCCUAAGGCUAAGCCUAGGAGCCCCCAAGCUCCAGGGAGCUCUCUGAGGGGGGGGGCCAGGGGACUGCAGAGGGGUGGAGGAGUGGCAGACCACAGGGGCACAGCCUGGGCGGUAGGCUGAAGGGGUCAGGCUGCAUGCUGCUGGGGGAGGAGGCGGGACCUUCUCAGGUCAACCAGGCAGAAAGGUCUCCCUGAGACAGGGGCUCUAGGAGAAGGGAUGUGGGCUUGGCCCUGCUAGGGCUGGGAUGGAGACCUGGAGGAAGACUGAGGAGUCCUCAGGGGUUGGGGAGGGAUGGAGGUUUAGGUGGAGGGUGGAGGCAGUCAUUGGCUGUGGCCGGAGGGUUGGCGGGGGCUGGGGACAGGAGAGGAGCCAAGCCCGACAAGGGGCCCUAGUGAAGCAGGGCUGAAAGAGGCAGCAGUGAAGGGUCUGCUUCGAGGCUCUCAGGCCUGGAUGCCCAGUGCUGAGGUGGCAGCAAGAGCGCACACCUGUGUUCUGCCACAGUGGCCAGACCUGCCUGGCCCGCCAGCUGCAACCGCAGGGCGAGUGAGGAGCGAGAUCUGAGAGGUGCAGUCUCUCCCUAGGGACACACAGCUGGCGAGUGGCAGUCAGGAUUCAACCACGCCCCUUCCAGCCUACUUAAGGGGGUUGAUUCCUGAGGCAGGUUCACCCCCACCCCGGCAUCCAGAGCCCCGCAGCCUGCACUACUGGGCAGCUAUACCCAAACCGAUUAAGGGAAGGUAGUAUUUAUGUUAAUACAUGUUAAUAAGCAUGGUGUGCCACCCUAGUCUACUUUGGCUGCAUUCCCGGCACCCCAUCCCACACUCCCGUAAACUAUGGAGGAGGGGAGAAGGAGGCUCCACCCGCCCCUGCCUCGCCCCUCCCCCCUCCUGCUGGGCAAUGUAGAAAACAGGAGGGAGAGGAGAGCUGUGAUGUGGCUGGUGGGGGGGGCUACCCCAUCCCUGAGGGGCUGACCUCAGCCCAGGAGGAAUGUGCAGGAGGCGGAGGGCAGGGGCGGAGCGGGUGGGGGCAGGGCCACAACCAGAGGCCCAGGGUUCCUGGCAGCCCCUCCCUCGGCCCCUCCACCUCAGCACUGACAUGGCCCUCAGAAGGGAAGGGGAACAGGCAAGGAGGGGAAGAGCUGAUCUUUCCAAAAAGCUCCUUCUCUUCCAGAUCCUGGGGCAGAGUCCAGGGCGGCUCAAGGCUCCUCCACACACGCCUGCUGAACCCUGAGCACCCUGAGCUGCCCGGAUGGGGCAGGCUGCGGCCGCCGCCAUGAUCCCAGGCCUGGCCCUGCUCUGGGCAGCAGUGCUGGGGGGUGCUGCCCCCAGCCCUCCCCGCCUUCGGCUCUCCUUCCAAGAGCUCCAGGCCCAGCACGGUCUCCGGACCUUCAGGCUGGAGAGGACCUGCUGCUAUGAAGCUCUGCUGGUGGACGAGGAGAGAGGACGUCUGUUUGUGGGUGCCGAGAACCGCGUGGCCUCCCUCAGCCUGGACGACAUCAGCAAGCGGGCCAAGAAGCUGGCCUGGCCGGCCCCUGUGGAAUGGCGAGAGGAGUGCAACUGGGCAGGGAAGGACAUUGGUACUGAGUGCAUGAACUUCGUGAAGCUGCUGCAUGCCUACAACCGCACCCACUUGCUGGCCUGUGGCACAGGGGCCUUCCACCCAACCUGUGCAUUUGUGGAGGUGGGCUACCGGCUGGAGGAGCCCACGCUCCGGCUAGACCUUCGAAGGCUGGAGGACGGCAAGGGCAAGAGUCCUUAUGACCCCAGGCAUCGGGCUGCCUCCGUGCUGGUGGGGAAAGAACUGUACUCAGGGGUGGCCGCAGACCUCAUGGGCCGGGACUUCACCAUCUUCCGCAGCCUGGGCCAGCGUCCAAGUCUGCGAACAGAACCACACGAUUCUCGCUGGCUCAACGAGCCCAAGUUCGUCAAGGUCUUUUGGAUCCCAGAGAGCGAGAAUCCUGAUGAUGACAAGAUCUACUUCUUCUUCCGUGAGUCGGCAGUGGAGGCUUCGCCAUCACUGGGACGCCAGACUGUGUCCCGGGUUGGCCAGAUCUGUCGGAAUGACGUGGGAGGCCUGCGAAGCCUUGUCAACAAGUGGACCACGUUCCUGAAGGCGCGUCUGGUGUGCUCAGUGCCAGGUGUCGAGGGCGACACGCACUUUGACCACCUCCAGGACAUGUUCCUGCUGUCCUUGAGGGACCGCUGGAGCCCACUGCUCUACGCUGUCUUCUCCACAUCGAGCACCAUCUUCCAGGGCUCUGCAGUGUGUGUGUACAGCAUGAACGACGUGCGCCGGGCCUUCCUGGGGCCCUUUGCACACAAGGAAGGGCCCAUGCACCAGUGGGUGUCCUACCAGGGCCGUGUCCCCUACCCUCGGCCUGGCAUGUGUCCCAGCAAGACCUUUGGCACCUUCAGUUCUACCAAGGACUUUCCUGAUGACGUCAUUCAAUUUGCCCGGAACCACCCCCUCAUGUACAAUUCGGUCCUGCCCAUGGGUGGUCGCCCUCUCUUCAUACAAGUGGAUGCUGGGUACACCUUCACCCAGAUCACUGCAGACCGUGUAGCAGCUGCUGACGGACAUUACGACGUCCUCUUCAUUGGCACAGACGCUGGCACAGUGCUGAAGGUGAUCUCUGUCCCCAAGGGCAGCCAGCCUAACGGGGAGGGGCUGCUCUUGGAGGAGCUGCACGUUUUUGAGGAUUCAUCUGCUAUCACCAGCAUGCAAAUCUCUUCCAAGAGGCACCAGCUGUACAUAGCUUCGCGGAGCGCGGUCGCCCAGAUCCCGUUGCACCUCUGUGCUGCCCACGGCCGCGCCUGUGCGGAAUGCUGCCUUGCGCGAGACCCUUACUGCGCCUGGGACGGGGCCGCGUGCACGCGCUUUCAGCCCAGCGCUAAAAGGCGGUUCCGGCGGCAAGACGUGAGGAAUGGCGACCCCAGCACGCUGUGCUCCGGCGACUCCUCUCAUCCCGCACUGCUGGAGCGGAAGGUGUUCGGUGUGGAGGGCGGAAGCGCCUUCCUGGAGUGUGAGCCCCGCUCGCUGCAGGCGCGCGUGGAAUGGACCUUCCAGCGCGCAGGGGAGGCGACCCACACCCAGGUAGCUAUGGAGGAGCGCGCGGAGCGCCUUACGGGGGGACUGCUGCUGCGCGGACUGAGGCGCGGGGAUUCUGGCGUGUACCUGUGCGCAGCUGUGGAGCAGGGCUUUUCGCAGUCGCUGCGUCGCCUGGUGCUACACGUGCUGAGUGCUGCGCAGGCCGAAAGGCUGGCCCGGACCGAGGAGGCUGUGCCCGUAGCCCCUCCAGGCCCCAGGCUCUGGUACCGGGACUUCCUGCAGCUGGUGGAGCCGGGCGGCGGUGGCGCGAGUUCCCUGCGAAUGUGUCGUCUGCAGCCCGAGUCGCGCCCACCGCCUCCCGAGUCACGGAGGAAGGGCCCACGGAGGAAGGGCCGAAACCGGCGAAGGCACGCCCCAGAGCCGCGUGCUGAGCGGGGGCCGCGCAGCGCAGCGCACUGGUGAUUCGGCAGUCCACGCCGGGUACAGGGAAGGAGGCUACAGGCAGGACAGGGGGAGGACAGACCGUGGAGGACGCACAGCUAGGGGGCCUGGCACAUUGGUCCCUGGUUGAUGGAGACACCGACCUACAGGCCCUGGCUGAGGGGCAGCCUCCCCGGCUUAUUUAUUAACAGAGGAUAACCCUUGAAUGUAGCCCUGGGAGGGACGGCCCAGGCGGGGCACAGGGGCCGGCUGGUCGGGAGAAGGGAGAUAAGCAAGGCUCCAGAGCAACGACCUGGGCAGAGGAGGUGCCCGGAGUGCCCACCCCGGGAUAAAGACCUCCUCCUUGGAGAAUGAGCAGAAAGCUGUGAACAGGCUGAACUGGUGGGGCGGGAGUGGGACAGGCCGACUGUACUAAUGCAAUAAACACAUUAUGAGCCGAAGCUGGAAUGCCCCCAGCUGACAACCGCUGGUACUAGGUCUUGCUGUGCUGCCUUGGGCAACUUCCUAGCAGUCUUAGGACCUCAGUUUCUGAAAAGGAUGCUGUGAUGAGGAUUAAAGGCAGUUUCCAUGUGACUGAGUAGAUUCUGUGGGGCCUUUGGGGCCCUACUGACCUGCAUAGUAUGUUCUGAAUAUGAUUUCUUGGAUGAGUGCUAUGAAGAAAAUGAAAUUUGGACAUAUGGAAAAUAAUGUGAGAAAGCAUCACUGAGGGGGUGACAUUUGAGCUAAACAACAAGGAGCCAGUCAUGGGAGUAUCUAAGGGGUGGAGUGUUCCAGGAGGCAACAGCUAGUGCAAAGGUCCUGAGGUGGAAACAAGGUUGCUGUGUGUGAGGAACAUCAAGGAGGCCAGUGUGAUACAGUGGAGUGAUGGAUUUGGGAUGUUUUAGGGGGAGGAUUCUUACUGUCUUACUUCCUCCCAGUUGGGGAGAAGGGCCACAGGGGUCCAACAGCAAAGGGUGGGCCCUCAGCCUGGCCACUUCCUCCCUUCAGGGGUGAGUGGUACCAUGCCUCCUCACACAACAUGGUGUGACUUGUAUGGAGAGAGGAGGGAGGAGGUAAACUGCAGACAUGCAGCUGCAUUCCAUUUUCACGUGUCCUGCACCAGGGAGGAACCAUAAUUGUCCUCUCUGUUUUACAAAUGAGAAAAUGGAGGUCAGAGAGCAGGCAAUCCGUUAACCAAGGUUGUAGGCUUAUUAACAGAAAUACCAAUCUUCAGCCUAAGUUUGGCCACUGACCAACGUGAGUGUUUACCUUUAUAGGUGUGUCUCU